CGGUGGUGUCGCCCUUUUCCGGAGAGACGGGAUGGAAGACCAGGACCCCGCUCCGUGAGACUGACCCGGACCACUAAAGUGGGACGCGGUUCUCGAAACAAACUGUCAAGAAAAUGCAAGAACCUCCAAAGAACAUUGAAGAAUUCUUAAAGCUUCAGAACUUGGAUCAUUGGCCAAAGGAAAUCCAUUUUGGGGAUAAUGAUAAAUUGUUAUGUACUCUGAAGAAAAUAAAAGAAGAUAGUUCAUUUACUUCAAUUUAUACACAUCUGUGGGGAAAUGUCCCACGAGUACAUGAUGCAGCCAUGGCCAUGGAGUCAAGAUUAGCAGAGUGUUCAAUUCUUCUGAAAAACCAUGUCUCUGAAAUAUUUGAGUGGAACAGAAUAAUUUCCAGGACAAGUUCUCAUGGAAAAUUGGAACAAUAUAAGGCAUUUCUAAGGAAUUACUGUAAGGGAAAGAAGAUAAUGCUUUCAGAUGACAUGGAGACAAAGAAGGAUAUAGAGGGUUGCAACUUCCCAGGAUUCAGAACAAAUGAGCUUACUCAACUACCCAGACAUUUGAAUGCUGAACGAAUUUAUCUUUUUAUUUUAAAAGCCCAUAACUUUGAGGGAAAAAUUUUUAAAAUCUGGAAGACUCAUUUUCUCUCAGAAGCCUCUGUUGCUCUUUUGCAUGAUUCCUUUUGGUGGUGGUUUCUCCAUAAAUUUAAGCCUGACAGAGAAAGUCAAGAUUCCUUGUUUGAUAGAAUUUCAGAAAGUUAUGUGUCACUUUUCAUGAGCAUACCUCUAAGUCGAAAGGAUGCAUUCUUUCAGGUGUAUCCUGAUUGUUUGGCACAAGCUAUCUAUGCAACAUUCCAGGAAGCAUUUCCAGAAUCCAGUGAUUUCUUUAAUGAUGAAUUUAAAGAAGAUCUAGGGAAUAACAUUUUUCUCUGGUUGUCAGGUUUAAAACCUAAAAAAGACUUUUGGACCCACUGGAAGCUGAACGAACUCUCCACAACAACCAUUCAUGGUAGCAAGAAAACACCUUCAGAAUCUAUAAAGGACAGGAUUGCAAGAAGUCAAGAAUGCAUAUCAACUUAUAUAGACUUCAAUAUGACAAAAAUUUUAAAGAACCCAGAAGGAUAUACAAUGCCCGCAUCCAAGGAAGAAUCAAGAUUAUCAGGACUACCAACAAAGUCCCAUUAUAGCAGUAGUGGCCCAGAGUUUAACCGUGUUCUCUUCAAUUUUGGAGGUCAGAGUCCACUGAUUUUAUAUUAUCUUAAGAUGCAUGAGCUAGCUGGUAUUUCCAAAGCCCCUAGACAAGUCAAGAUUAAACUCACUGAAAUAGUGAAAGAACCAUCACCUGCUCCAACUUACUGUGAUAUUCUAAAGGAGGCAAAAAGACAAUUUGCAAACAACCAAAAGGAUUUUAGAAUGCUCCAAGCAAAGGCUACCAAGAAACCUUACGAAGUUAAGAAUGAUUUUGAGAAUUUCCUACAAAAACUGCGUUCUGAAGCCCGAACUGAGAGAAAAUUUCUGGCAUCACUAUCAUCAUCAUCAUCAACAACAGAAGACUUCAACCUUGAGGAAGAAGAAUGCCAAGAGAAACCAGAAAUAAACUGUACUUAAGAAUGUAUGUUUAAUUCAAGUACAAUCCAUGAGAGUGUCAGAUUAGCCCAUAAGAUCAUGAGGAAAAGAGCACACACAUGUGGAUUUGCACUUCAUUCUUCCCCAUUCCGACCUGCUCAGGAGAAUGACUGCCAGAAGCUGAGCAGCAUGGCCAGCCAUGGAAUGAAUAAAACGGUGGGAAGACUGCUGAGGAAGACAGCAAAUUAACUUUGAUUAUCUACCAUGACUCUAACUUCAGUUACAGAAACAUGUCCUACUGCAACGGCUGUGUCUAUAGUGCUUAUGUAUUCCCUUGAAUAACAACUGAGACCUUACCAUUCAUUUUCAACCGUGCUGAACAGUGGCUGAGCUGGUGCAGUGGGUCUGGGAAAAAUUUGGAAAAUAAAUGGAAGCUAAGCUACCUGGCCUGCUGGAAAGAGCCUGGGCUGAGAAUCCAGAGGUCUGUCAUUUGUUCUCAUCUGUGUGACAACUCGCUGUACCCAAGUCGCUACUUCUACAGGGCUCCAAAAUGAGGCUGAAAAUUAUUUCUCAGGAUCCUUCCUGCGCUAACAUUUUAUGAUUCUAUGAAGAACUUCCUCCAAGAAUCCCCCUCAUAUUGUUGUAUUUUGGAAACAGGAUGAUAACUGUGACCACUGCCUUCUGUUUGCAUCCCCAGUUCUACUCUCUGCCCUUCGCUACCCCGCUGUCUGCCCCAGAAGGCUGACCUGGAUGGAUUACACCAGUGGGUUCCCUUGCCUCUAGAUUGGAGAAAGGGAGAAGAUCAGCAAGAGAUGGGAGGGAAUUAUAUCCUUCCUGCUCACUGGGUGGUGAUAUGGGCGAGCAGACGCAAACACAGUUCAUUAUAUCAAUAGCAUGAUCCCUGUUUAACUCAAACACAUGAGACCUGCGACAAAUUUUUAUACUUGACUUAAAUCCCUCAAACCUCCCCCUUAUAGGACUUGUACUAGCCACAGCCAGAAAAUCAGCCUAAUUUGGACUUCAUCCCUGACUCCCCUCAGCAAAAGAGGGCCCC